GGAAUAUUUAGCUGUCCACAGAUAUCACUAUUACGACGGCCGAAGUAGUAUUUUUACAAAUCAACGAAAACGACGUCGUUCCAAGUCGUCUUCAACCUCACCCAAACUUUGGUUUUCUCAUCCUUUUAUAAAAUCCCUUUUUCCUCAUACGAUUUUUCGCCUCUCUCUCUUUCUCUUUAUCAUAUUCACCGUGCUCUCUCCUCUCUCGGGGAUCUUACUCAGGCGUUCUCUUGUGUGGAUCCAAAGGCGAAGAAGAAAAAAGAUGAAUCAUUGCAACUUCCCGCAGAACGCCGCCUUCAUGUCUCGUGAGGAGACCAUGGGAUUUGAUUGUAAUGAUCUGGUCGUGUGUCCUAAGCCCCGGCGUGUUGGUGUUGGGUUGCUCAUUCGCCCUCUCAGAUUGCACAUGAGUCAAGCUGCAUCUGAUUUGUGUGAUACCAAAGCUGGUGCUGAGCUCUUAGACAUCAUUCGUAGAAAGGAAGACAAUAAUGGAACAAUAUCUUCGUCUCCACCGUAUUUUUACGGUUCACCUCCAAGCAGAGCAGUGAACCCAUUAGCCCAAGAUGCUCGCUUUCGUGAUGAGAAACUCAGUCCACUUUCGCCCAACUCUCCUUUCCUUCAGCCCAACUCAGCAACCGGGUUCCCAUCUCCAUCCCCAUCGUCUUCUUCGUCUCGUGGGUGCGUUAGGAUGAAGUUUGGUCUCAAACCACCUGCAGUUAGAGUAGAGGGGUUUGAUUGCUUGAACCAAAACUCGGGCAUCCCUGCCAUGGCUUAGUAGACAAAGCCAAAACAAAAGUGUAUAUAGAGAUUGUGGAAUCGUUUGUUCACCAAGGCCUAGUAAAGAAGAAGGAUUUGGUUGCUGCUACUAUUACUACUACCACCAUUUUUGAAGCAAAUGAGUAUGUGAAAUAAUCUUAGUGUUCGUCAUCUUUUUCCUGAGAGAGUGAGAGAGAGGGAGGAUGAAGAUGUAAGAUCAGUUGCCGUCGCCUAUCACCGUUUUGUUAACUUUUUAUUCAAGGUUAGUCUUUUGUAUAUAAAGAGUCGAAAUCGAAAUCUCUAUGUAUUCGUUUUUGGUGUUUUUCUUUUUCUGGCUCAGCCUUUGAUCUUUUUUAUAUAUAAUUAAGGGGGAAGAUUAGUAGGAUCUGUAAAAUAUAAUCGAUCAUCUUUUUCUUUCACCAUUGUAUUUAGUAAUGUCUCUUUGACUC